GUGUAAGAGACUGAAAAAUGCGGCCCGCACCGAAGCUCUUGGCUGGCACCAUCUUCUUCCCCAUUUCCUUCAGUUUCUGGUCUCUUAGUUUUAGACCUUCCGCCAUUGUUUCAUACUCAUUUCUCUGCUUCUCAUCAUCUUCAAAUCUGCUCUCACAAGGAAAAUUUUGGAUUCUUCUUCAAGUUUAUCGAGCUGUUGAUGUUGUUGCCGAUCUAGUGGGAAGAAGUUUUCCGAGUUGAUUUCAUGAAGGAAAUUCAUAAAACUCGUCUUGCAUUUGCAUUUGCAUCUAUCUCUGUUUUCGUUUGCUUGUUCUUCGAUGUUCAUGUGGUUUUAGCACAAAAUUACAUCCCUCGGGAUUUUAUCCUCCUUGAUUGUGGAGGACCUUCGACUGCUAAUGACAUCGAUGGCCGGAAAUGGAAUACCGAUGAAAAAUCUAAGUUUAUUCCAGCGACGGGUGAUAGUACCGCAUCGAAAGCCGCUACUCAGGAUCCUUCAGUUCCUGAUAUCCCUUUCAUGACGGCUAGGGUUUUUCGCUCUAAUUUCACCUACAGCUUUCCUGUCGCCCCUAGUCGUUUAUUUGUUCGUCUCUACUUUUACCCUUCUUCUUAUGGUGGACUUGAUGCAUCUGAUGCUCGUUUCUCUGUUUCCACUCAGUCCUAUACUCUUCUUAAGAACUUCAGCGCUUCACAAACUGCCGAGGCUUUGAAUUAUGCCUAUAUCAUUAAGGAAUACUCUAUCCAUGUUGAUGAUGAUAGGUUGAACUUGACUUUCAUUCCAUCCUCCACUCAUCCAAAGGCUUAUGCAUUUGUGAAUGGGAUUGAGAUUGUAUCUAUGGCUGAUAUUUAUAGUGAUACUUCUGGGAGUACUCUGAUUGUUGGCCCAUCUACUCCAUUCACUGUGGACAAUGCCACUGCACUUGAGAACGUUUAUCGGUUGAAUGUCGGAGGAAAUGAUAUUUCGCCUUCUGAUGAUACUGGGAUGUAUAGGUCUUGGUUUGAUGACACUCCGUACUUGUAUGGUGCAGCACAGGGAGUGACGACGAGUACUGAUCAGAACACAACGCUUGAUUAUCCGCCGAACAUUCCUACUUAUGUUGCACCAGAAAAUGUCUACUCCACUGCUAGAGCAAUGGGACCUGAUAACAAUGUCAAUCUGAAUUAUAACUUGACAUGGAUUUUCCCUGUUGACUCUGGGUUCUUUUACCUUGUUAGGCUCCACUUUUGUGAGGUUGCUGCAAAUAUCACAAAAAUUAACCAAAGAGUGUUCGACAUUUUCAUCUUUAAUAAAACUGCUAUGGAUGGUGCUGACGUGAUUGCCUGGGCUGGAAGUAAUGAUACUCCAUUCUACAAAGAUUAUGUGGUUUUCGUUCCUGCUAACGGAAAUCCACAGCAGGAUGUAUGGCUUGAACUGCAUCCAGACAAGUCCAUGAUUCCCAAUUACUAUGAUGCAAUCUUGAACGGAGUGGAGAUAUUUAAAAUUAAUGACUCAAGUGCUAAUCUUGCAGGGCCAAAUCCUAUUCCUGCGCCAAAACAGGAUAUUAUUGAUCCAUCAUUAGCUAAGCCAGGAUCUUCUCACGGUAAAUCGAAGAAUAAGUCAGGGAUGAUUGCUGGAGUUGUUUGUGGAGCAGUUGUUUUAGCUCUGAUCAUUGGUUUCUUUGUUGUUAAACGUCGCCGUGGGCAUGGGAAAGAUUCUAGUUCUGUUGAAGGACCGUCAGGAUGGCUUCCUCUUUCUCACUAUGGAAAUUCCCAUUCGGCUGGAUCUGCUAAGACAAAUACAACUGGAAGCUAUACAUCCUCCCUGCCUUCCAACCUUUGCCGCCACUUCUCAUUUUCUGAGAUCAAGGCCGCCACAAGGGACUUUGAUGAAUCUUUACUUCUUGGAGUUGGUGGUUUUGGCAAGGUUUACAAGGGAGAAAUUGAUGGUGGGACUACGAAAGUUGCCAUCAAGCGUGGGAACCCUCUCUCCGAGCAAGGUGUGCACGAAUUUCAAACUGAGAUUGAAAUGCUCUCUAAGCUUCGCCAUCGCCACCUUGUUUCGUUGAUUGGCUACUGUGAAGAGAAUUGUGAAAUGAUCCUGGUUUAUGAUUACAUGGCUCAUGGAACACUGCGAGAACAUUUAUACAAGACUCACAAGCCACCAUUGUCUUGGAGGCAAAGACUUGAAAUAUGCAUUGGAGCUGCCCGUGGUCUGCAUUAUCUCCAUACAGGUGCCAAGCAUACAAUUAUUCAUCGAGAUGUGAAGACAACGAACAUCCUUUUGGACGAAAAGUGGGUAGCAAAAGUAUCCGAUUUCGGGUUGUCGAAAACUGGUCCUACUUUGGAUCAUACACAUGUUAGCACUGUUGUGAAAGGUAGUUUUGGAUACUUGGAUCCUGAAUACUUUAGGCGACAGCAAUUGACCGACAAAUCAGAUGUUUACUCCUUCGGAGUCGUUCUCUUUGAAGUCCUAUGUGCUCGGCCAGCCUUGAACCCAACACUCCCCAAGGAGCAAGUGAGUUUAGCUGAAUGGGCCGCACACUGCUACAACAAAGGCAUUUUAGAUCAGAUAAUCGACACAUUCCUAAAGGGGAAGAUCGCAUCAGAGUGUCUCAAAAAGUUUGCUGAGACAGCAAUGAAAUGUGUGUCUGAUCAGGGCAUCGACAGGCCAUCCAUGGGCGACGUUCUCUGGAAUCUAGAGUUUGCAUUGCAGCUGCAAGAAAGCGCAGAAGAGAGUGGCAAGGUAGGCAGUGGGAUGGAUGUGGAAGAAGGUCAGCUCGACGUAGUUUACAAAGGGAAGAAGGAUCCUGAUGCUUCCCCCGGCAUGGAUGGAAACAUAACCGACUCAAGAAGCACCGGAAUCAGUAUGAGCAUUGGAAGCCGAAGUCUUGCAAGUGAAGAUUCAGACGGAUUGACACCGAGUGCCGUUUUCUCACAGAUCAUGAACCCAAAAGGUCGUUAACAACACAAGGAGGGGCUGAACUCACACUCAACUCAGUAAGGUCAUAAUACUUUUUAUAGUUUUGAUUGAUCAAAAGUUCAAUCUUUGUCUCAUUAAUUCUGUUCAUUUAUUACAGAUCCUUUCCACUUUCUCUUUUGAGGCUUCUAAUUGUUUCAAUCCCAAAGCAAAAGCCGUUAUGUUAUUCUGCCUAGUAGUAUGAUUUGUAUCUAUAAAAUAUCGAUAUCAUAUCGGUGUAUUCGAACAUAUUUUCACUCCAUACUCACUUUCAUGUGUGAAUUUUUAUUUCUUUGCCUGCUCUA